AUGGACGACGUCAUAUUCGACGAGGGCAAGCCCAAAAUUUUCACAAUGUACCGCUCUAUCGCUUCCACUUCCACCAUCCGCGCCGCCGUCGCAUCGCGCUCGCUACACACAACCCCUGUCGCGGCCAAGUCCGUCACCGAGAAAGUCAGCGAGGUGGCCGACAAGGUUAACAAGAAGGUUGGGAAGGGCUUUGCAUCAGCCAUUGAGACUGGGGAGAAAGCCACUGAGAAAACCAAAGAGACUGUUGUACCCAAAGCUGAGGCAGCUAAACAAAAAGCCAACCAGGCCACCGCUGAUGUACGGGGCGCCAAAGAGGACGUCAAGAAAGAUCUCAAGGACUAAAUAUUACACCACGGACACUCAUAACGAGCUUGCAAUUGUACCAUAGUUAAUUAGCAGGUUUCUUAAUCCGAUCAUGUAACUCUCCCUUGUGAUCAGCGGUUCGACAGUUUAUACACGCUACCAAACAU